UGUUCCCCCUCUCAAAAAAGGAUACAAACAACCUGUACAAAUGUUGUAUUCUCUCAUAUUCAUUGAAAGUGACAUUUCAUUUUUUUUUUUUACAACACAAACAAGAGGAUGAGGCAAAAAUGUGAAAAGUUGAUGACUGUGCCAAUGACAACAACAGGACAACAGAUGCUAGACAAAUUUUGAUCAGAAAAGCUGACUUGAGCCUUUGCCUCAGAUCUUGUCUCCUAUGAUAUCCAAUAUCUAAUGAGGAGAAACUGAGCUCUGGUGCAAACAACUGUCAUUAUGCUGUCAACUCGAAGUCGAUUCAGGGUUCUUAGUGAAAUAGCAGAGGAGGAGCUGGCAGAGCUAUCUCAAUACAGCAAUGGUGAUCAAGAGGCUGAACGAGCUCAAACAGCAGUGCGCCGUGAUCGAAGACGAGCCAAAAUUACUCAGGAAUUGUUUGAGACCGAGAAAACUUACCUCAACCACCUAGAACUCAUAAACAAACAUUUUGACUUUCCGUUGCGGUUUAAUUGUCUGAUUCCUGAGAAUGUUCACAGUCAGAUCUUCAGUAAUGCUGAGCAAAUCAUGGAGGUGAACAAGACACUGCUGGAGUACAUGGAGCAGACCUCUGUGGGUGAAGCCUUUCAGUAUCUGGCACCUUUCCUGAAACUCUACUCAUCCUAUGCCAACAACCACGAAAAUGCAAUUACUCUAAUGCAGGAAUGGAGACAAAAAAGUGCAGGCUUCAAUGAAUUUAUACAGAACCAGGAGGAGAAACCAGAUAUGAUGGGGUUAAAGGUCAAUGCAUUACUUAUAACCCCAGUACAGAGAGUUCCGAGAUACAAGUUAUUGCUGGAGGACCUGUUAGGAAACACCACAACAGAUCACCAUGACUACGAGGAAUUGAGGGAGGCUGUUCAGAAAGUCAGUGACAUAGCAACCCACAUAAAUAACCACAUUAAGCAACAUGAGAACUUCCAAAAAAUGCUCAGCAUUCAGAAGUGCUUUGAUAAGUCUGCUCCCAAAAUCCUCACUCCAGGCCGAGAAUUCAUCAAGGAAGGAAUUCUAAAAAAGGUCUCCAAAAGGGGAGGGAAACCCCACGACAGAAUGUUCUUCCUGUUCUCGGACAUCUUGAUUUACGGGAAGCCCAGGCUGCUAGACAGUAUUAACAGUUCCUACACCUGCUGUUGUGUUCUGCCUCUCAAACACUGUGAACUGGAAACCGUGUUCGGGGGCACCAAACGGGGUACGCAGGAAAAGGCGGAGGCAGGAGGCAUGUUUAAGAUUACCUGUAAAGAGGAGAGUUUGCUGCUAUUCUCAAAUGACCCAGACGACAUGAAGAGCUGGAUUACUGCACUGGACUCCACUAUCAGGAAACUGAAUAACAAUCGUUCUACUUUACGAAAACCAAGCAGCAAUAAAGCUCCAAUGAGGGGAAGAUCACUAUGGAAACAAAGAAAACUGGAAAAACAGAGAGAUCAACAGAUUCGUCGAAUUAUCCAUAAAGAUGAAUCUGAGUGUACGAAAUUAUCUCCAUUGAAGCUUAUAUCAGAGAUAGACACUAAUGCAUGUUUAUCUCCAUGGAAACGCCCCAAACUUUGCUCUGCUGAACUUUCCUCUACCCCAGUUUCUCAGACCAGGAGUGGGCGACCUAUCAGACCACUUACAUCAGAAAAUAUUCCACCGGCAAAAAUUAAUGUAGAAAACGACUCUGUGCCUUCGUCGAUAGUUCCUCAUAGGACAGACAGUGAAGAUGAAGAUUCCUUCUUACAGAUUACAAUGGGGGACAUAGGGAAUGCUACAGUUCAUUUGGAUUCUUUCUGUAGGACAGAGAAAAAUGAAAAAGCACCAUCAAGCACUAAGAGGGAGGUGUUAGGCUAUGGCAGUGGAAACUUCACAGGAUCAUCAUUACAUGGCCAUCAGCCCCUGACUAGACAGCCACUAGACAGGUUGUCCAAAAGUGGGAGAACACUCGGAAAGCGAUGUAGAAGUGCUUUAGAGAAUGCCCAGACUCGGAUAAAUGAGACCAAGUCCUAUUGUAAUGUUCAGUGAUAGAAUAUGUGAAGGCUUCAGAGUUUCAGCAGUGUAUGGUGAAUAGGGGAAUGAAAUGCAGCCAAUAUCAAAAGAUACAUUAUAUAGAGAACAACUUUUUGAAAGAGUUGAAUUGAAUAUUAUAAUUAUCAAAUGUCAGAUAAAAUGGUAUGUAUGGUAGUAUUAUUGUGAUUGAAAUGUAAAGAAAAAUAUCUUGUUCGAACAUUUUCCAAGUUUAGUAAAUCAAAAUUAAGAUCACUUUAUAACCAUGAUGACAUACAGGAUUUCAUGUUGUUUAUAUUUACGCUUAACAAUGUAAUAUUUGCUUCUUGAAUAUAAUAGUCAAUUGUGAGAAAGAAAAUCAUUGAUAUGUUAGUCAGAGCCUUGCGUUAAUUUAAUAUGUCAUGUUAGAAUUCAAGUUUCUGUUUCAUAAAGGAAAGAUUGGAUUCCCACUCUCUGUUUCCUGUUCAAGUGCAUGUAUACACAAGGCUGUAAAGACGGAACGUAUUAUGGUACAGCAUUGUCUGUACGUCCAUCCGUCUCUCCAUCCAUCCAUUUAGGGUUUUCUGUUUCUAUUUCCAUUUCACAUAUCAAGCUGAAACUUGCUUUGUAGCUUCUUUGUGGGUCACUCUAGAUCAUAUUGCAAUUUUGAUCCAUUUCGACCUUUCUCGCAGGAGUUUUGCCCCUUUAUUAAUGUUAUAAUGUAUAUGAUUUGUCAGUGAACUCCUCCCACAAUUUUCAAGUGAGGACCAUCUUCUUUUACAGAGAGUUUGUAUGGAUAAAGAAGAUGUGCAUGUGGCAAGGAUUUUUAUUUUCUUAAAUGUUUGAGAAAGUAACAGGUUGUUGAACUUGUCAGUUUUGAGAAAUUAUUACAUAGAGAGUACAUGAUUUGUCUGUCCAACCUCUCUCACAGUUUUCAAGUGAGGACUUCUUAUUUUACAGAGUAUUUGUAUGGUUAAUGAUACUAAUGAAUAUGUGCAUGUGGCAAGGAUUUUGAUUUUCUUAAAUUUUUGAGAAAAUUACAGAUUGUUGUACUUAGUAAAUUUUGAGGAAAUAAAUGUCCUUUUAACUCUUCUCACAGUUUUAAAAGCUAGGACCUUUUUAAACAAAUCAAAGAUAUGCAUAGUGCAAGUAUUUUAAUUUUCAACAAUUUGAAAAUUUCUUUGAUGUUGAAAAUAUUACAGGAUGUCAAAGUUGGGGAAAUAUUUUACACACAGAAUUAAGCUAGGACCUUUUAUUUUAUAUAUGAUGCAAAGAAAGUAUGUCACAGCCUGAUGAUGGCUGAUACUACCUUAAGCAAAGUUCUACAAAUCAUGGCUUAAGAAAAACACACCACAUAUGCUUGUGACGAGCGUAUUAUGCACCGUUUCUGAUACUCAUGUUUAGCAUGUUAACAAUGAAUUUUAACACAAUAUGGAAGUAAUCGUUCUGUACGAUACAUGUACCAGUAAUCAAUACAUUUAAAUUCCUUUGGCACAAAUCUGCAAAAUAUGUGUCAAAAAUAUUUGAUUCCUGUGCAAUAUACAUGUAUUUGGACAAAUAUAAAUUUGUACAUUUUAGAACAGAAAGUUUAAUAUAAUAUUUAAUUAUUUGAUCAAAUUUGAAAUUUUUUUAAGUCUUCAUAUUGCUGUUGUUUGUGGAGAAACCAAUGAAUCAUUUUUGUAUCAUCAAGGUGGUUAUGUGUGCAGACAAGACAUUUGUGUGUGGCCAAGAUUGCAUGAAAACUAAAUCAUGGAUUUCAUUCAGAUUUAUACAGAAAAGAUGAGUUUUAUAACUAGCGAGGGGGAAUUAUCUGUGGACAAGACUGUAAUGCAGAUAGAUAACAUAAGGCAAUAUUCGUGUUAACAUGGUUACGUUUGGGGAGCCUUGACAACAAUUCCCAGUUUCUGUUCUUGUUGUUUUUUGUUUUGUUAUAUUUUGUAUUAAAAAGAAAGAUUAAAUGAAAUCAGGUCAUGUAGAAUAAAAUUUGAUCCAACUGGAAAAGAAUUUUGUAGACAGUAUAUCUUCACAGAUGUAUAUAUUUUCUUGAUGCUGUUUAUAUGAACUUGAAAGUAUUCAUUAAUAAAACAGGUAUGCUAUUGAUUGUGUGUGACCUUAAAUGUUGCUAUUUUUCAUUUCAACGGAGAAAAUGGUUAAGCACUCUUAUUGUCAAAUGCUUGAGAAGUAAGAAACUGCAUUACAAUUUGCUAGCAGAUUUGUUAAAAAACAGCAUUCUGACCAUUCGGAUUAUAGCUCUCACACACAACCCAACUUGAAAUAUUUCGUAUGUGAUAAAAUUUCGUAGAUGACACGUGUGGACAGCAUUUGAAAACUUUGCAGAAAGCACUAAUUUUUGAUGUGAUGGUGGCAGGUUACCGAUGUCCAAACAGAUUCUUUUUUUUUUUUUUUUUUUUUUUACAUGUAUUUUAAUAUCUGUUAUUUAUGAAAGUUUUAAAACUCUUAGUUCUUUAUUGUAUCUUGUAAAGUAUCUUCUUUUAUUCAUUUAUAAACAAUGUCAAUCAAUUUAACAAACUUGUUAUGUGUUUUAACAGAAAUCUUAUUUAAUGUGCAGUCCAACGACAGGGAACGCUUAACCUUGCUACUGUAUUUUGAUAUUAGUUGAUGUAAGCAACUUUCUGAUUCACACCAGACUGAACCACUUGAGAUUUUAUUACUUGUUACUAUUAUGCAUAAAUAUUUACAUUCA